UCCCUGGGAGCGGAGGCCGUGGUGGCAAGAUGAGGAAGUCGAACUCAGGAGUCACAAGGACCUCCAGUGGCCGUCUGCGGAGACUGGCUGACCCGACAGGCCCCGCCCUGAAAAGGUCCUUUGAAGUGGAGGAGGUGGAGGCGCCCAACUCCACGCCGUCCCGGAGGGUGCAGCCGCCCAUGCUCCGCGCCUCCGUGGCCAGCUCUACCCAGAAGUUCCAGGAGCUGGGGGCCAGGGCGCCCCCUGAGCAGGCCCGCCACGCAGACUCCUUCAACCAGCGCUCCCCCAAAGCUGCCCUGAGACGGGUCGAGCCCCCGGGGCCCAAGGCGGCCGAGCCGGUGUCCCGGCGCACGGAGCUCUCCAUCGAUAUCUCCUCCAAGCAGGUGGAGACGGCCAGCACCCCCGGGCAGGCCCGCUUCGGCCUCAAGCGGGCGGAGGCGCUGGCCCACAAGACGCCUGAGCUAGCACCGCGCAGGACGGAGAUCACGCUACUCAAGUCCCAAGAGGCGGCCCACCGGCGGAUGGAGCUCCCCGCCUCCAAGGCCCCCGAGACCACCGACGCUGCCCCCAAGAGAGUGGAGCUCCAGGUGUCCAAGCCAGUGGAGGCGCCUGCUGCCCCCACACCUCCCCAGGCCCUGGAGAAUUCGGAACCCAGUCUGCAGAGCCGCCUGGAGCCCAGGCCUCAGCCCCCUGUGGCUGAGCCCCCGCCCCGGAGCCUGGAGGCCUUUGAGGCGGCUCCCGGCGACAUGGCUGACACCCCCAGGGAGGGAGGGCUGAAACAGGCCCCCGCACCACGAAAUGAGAAGGCGCCCGUGGACUUCGGCUACGUGGGCAUCGACUCGAUCCUGGAGCAGAUGCGGAGAAAGGCUAUGAAGCAGGGCUUUGAGUUCAACAUCAUGGUGGUCGGGCAGAGCGGCUUAGGGAAAUCCACCUUAAUCAACACGCUCUUCAAAUCCAAAAUCAGCCGGAAGUCCGUGCAGCCCGCCUCAGAGGAGCUUCCGUUUGCCGUGGUGGGCAGUGACCACGAGUACCAGGUCAAUGGGAAGAGGAUUCUGGGCAGGAAGACCAAGUGGGGCACCAUCGAAGUGGAGAACACCACGCACUGCGAGUUUGCCUACCUGCGAGACCUCCUCAUCAGGACGCACAUGCAGAACAUCAAGGACAUCACCAGCAGCAUCCACUUCGAAGCGUACCGGGUGAAGCGCCUCCACGAGGGCAGCAGCCUCCUGUCCAACGGCGUCGAGGACAAGGACCCAGAUGCACAGGAGAUGUAACCCCGCCCGCCAGCCCCGCCCCGCCCCACCCCCAGGCUGCCCGCCCGCCGUCCGCCCCGCCCUGUUUGUUUUAUUUUAUAUAAUUUCUCCACUUGUCAUCGCCCCGCCCCUACACGCUGCCCAGUAACAAGAUCACCUGUCUCAUCCCACGUGUCUGAAUUCUUAGCCCAAGGACUGGGGCCGUGGCGGGGUGGGGAUGGGGCUCUGGCCUCUGGACAAGCUGGGCUAUGGCCCCGGGGAGGGCCCGCUGACCCUCAGGCCUGCCUCUGAGUUCCAAGACGAGGCAGCCUCCUGAGUGGGGACCCCUUUACCCCCACAGUACUUCCUGCAUAGGGCCAUGCCCCCCUUAGCACCCCUGAAGCCUUGACCCCUGGGCAUGUUGUGGGUGGGUACUCAGAAAGGAUGGAGUCGGCUCUGCCCUGCCCUGUUUCCCCCCUUGGCCUGGGUGAGAACUUCCGACCCUGCUCUUGCCCCCAUCCUACCCCCAGCCUGCCCUGGAGCUGAAAGUGCCUUUAACUCCCUGGCCGCAUGAGCCAGUGGACGCCUCUGCCGAGGGUCUUGAGUCCCCUCCUGUUGGACACUGGGCCCAGCUGGAGAAAGGAGAGCUGUCCUGUCCCCUCCCACUGUCACCGACUAGGAUGCAGCCAAGCGGUUGAGACUUAAAGAAAGAAAAUAAGGUUAAAUGCUUCUCCCCCAAACCACACCCCUUUCCCUGAUUUUUGGAAGGUCCAGCAAGUGAACAAGGUGAAGGAGCCAAGGGGGGAACGGUGCAGGCACCAGGAAGGGGGGCGGUGCAGGGGGACAGCAAGCUGUGUGGGUCCUGGGCCUGCCGUGUGUAUGUGUGUGUACAUGUGUCUGUGUCUAUUUGUCUGUGCAGUUUCUGAUUAGACCCAAGAGGGAGUCCCUGGGUGGUGCUGGUGGUUAGACUCAGCUGCUAGUCGAAAGAUUGGCAGCUCAAGUCCACCCGGCUGUGCAUCAGAAGAAAGGCCUGGCGAUCUGCAUCCCAACCCCCGUGGAGGCCAGCCCGGCUCUGGCACGCUGGGGUCACCGGGAGCGGGAGUAGGCCUGACACAGCAACUGCUUUGGUUUCUGACCAAGGUCUCUAGUCAGUCCCUGAGGUACACACUGGCUCUCCUGGAGUUCAGAGAGGAGUGGGUGGGGCUGGGGCCCCAUGUAUAGCCCUCUGUCCAGUCCUCUGUCCUUGCUGGGGGGUUGAAGGGCACCGAGGCCAGGGACUGCCUCCUGUUUCUGAGGCCCUAGAGGGUGGGGGGCUGGCCUGGGCUGGUGAGAUUGGGCACAGGUGGGGACCAGUUGUCUCUGCAGACCUCAAACCAAUGCUCCCAGGCUGUGUGGAGAUGAGGCGGAGACAGGCCUGGGAUGCAGGGGUGGUGAUGGUGGGGGUGGGGUGUGUGUGUGUGUGUGUGUGUGUGUGUGUGCCAUCAGCAUUCCGUUUUUCACUCCCACCCAGAGUGGUGGGGGCCCCAGACUCCAGGGAAUGUUUACUUGCUGACUUGCCAAGUGUUUGCCAAAACUACCCCAUUGGAAGGAAGUGCCCAUGGCCAGGGCCCGGGCCUGGGCAGCCUGCCCCACAGGGGCCACUGGAACCCAGCGAGGGUGUCAGUUUCCCCUCCUAGCAAUGGCUGCGGAGAGAAGGUCCAUUUCGUCGCCGCCGCCUCCACCGUGGCCUUCUGCUCUGUGCCUCCUGAGAAACUUGUCUCUUUUUUGUAUAAAUAACAAAGUGUUGAAAAUGUAUUUCCUGAAAUAAAUGUUUCGAAUGCAAACCCA